AUGUCGUCAUCCUCUUCGACGUAUUCGCUAUCGCCCUCCGUCACACCGGAAGUACUCAAUACACCGGGAACACAGCGAUCGGUGCUAUUCGACGACGAUGUAGUAGCGGAUCCUCUGAACAUCGAUGGAUCCACGUCGACCUUCAUCAUGGUCGUCGGUGGGCUGGGAUACAUCGGCUCGCAUACCGUAUUGGAGUUGCUCAAAGAAGGCUACAACGUGCUGGUCAUCGAUGACUUGAGUAACUCGUACGAAACCGUCCUGAACAGGGUGCGGGGUCUUGCGAUUGACUUCUGCACGGCGCAUGGGCGACGAAUGCCAGCGUUGCACUUCCGUCAGCUGGAUUACAGGAGUGCACACAUGAAGACGGUACUGGCCAGCUACUCAUCGUAUUCGAUCAUCAGCAAGCCAGCGCCUACGCCAGCACGAUUCCCAUACUCGACUUUGCAGCGAACAGACUCCGGUAUCGACAUGGAUAUGGACGACGCGCAAGAACCUGUCGUUGAAAGACUGUCCAGAAUAUCCGGCGUUAUCCAUUUCGCGGCGUACAAGUCGGUUGAAGAGAGCAUCCGGAUGCCGUUAAGAUACUACAGCAACAACGUCUGCGGGCUGGUCGACUUUCUGGGGUUGCUAGAGGAUUUUGGCAUCAAGAACUUCGUGUUCUCCUCUUCUGCAACAGUCUAUGGCGAGGGUGCUAAUUGCGGGCUACCUCUGCGCGAAGAACUGUGCGUGCAUCACCCAGAAUCUUUCUUGGACAGCGACGGAGCAGAACGCCGAGUUUUGCCGGGCGUUCUGGGCCUCACAUCACCGUAUGGUCGGUCCAAGUUCAUGUGCGAGUCCAUUCUGGCAGACCUUGCGCUUUCCGACCCCACAUGGUCCAUAACCGCCCUACGGUACUUCAACCCGGUUGGUUGCCACGAGUCUGGUAUUCUGGGUGAAGAUCCUCGACAGAAACCGAGCAAUCUGAUUCCAGUUAUCGCAACAGUCCUGACAGGGACAAAGCCAGUGCUGGACAUCUUCGGCACAGAUUGGAACACCCCAGACGGCACGGCAGUGCGGGACUUCAUCCACGUCGUCGAUCUGGCUCGGGGCCAUAUUGCGGCUUUGGCAGCUUCGACGGCCGGUCGUACUUUAGCACCAUUUCGCACGUACAACCUUGGUACGGGACGAGGACAUACUGUCCGUGAGGUACUCCAGAGUUUAGAGGACGCAUCACAACGGAAGAUUCCCGUCAGGGAAGUCGGCCGCAGGGCUGGAGAUGUUGGCUUCUGCGUGGCGGAGGUGCGACGAGCAGAGACCGAGCUGCAGUGGAGGGCUGAGAGGUCUUUGAAUGACUGUUCCGGUGACGUAUGGAACUUCACUAAAGCUAGGUGUGUAGAGUCGUAG